GUACACAAUUUUGUAAAAUUUCUUUAACUAAGGUUAAAAAUUGCCAUUAAUCAGACUGAAAUGUCAAUAUUUUAAAAUAUAAUGGUGUAAAUUUUGAAAAUUUAGGGAAGCGUUCUUCAAGGCAGGGGAUCUACACAAUCCUAAGGACUUCCAGACGGCUUUGAACAGGACUUUCCGUAUCGGCACUCUCCUCUGCCAUUUCAAGCAGUCCGAGCUCCUGCAGCUGGUUGCACAUCUGGCCUUAGAGGCGAGGAAGAGGACCCAGUCUGUCACCUACAGAAGGAAGAUGGUUGCCAAUGCCGGAAGACAGGAAGGAACAUCCAUGAUAUUCCUUAGCCCCACCCAGAUUCUUGACCUUGCAACAGGGUCUUUGAUUCAUCCCAUGGACUGUGGUCUCAUAUGGCUGAGAGGUGACCUCUGCCAGCUGAAGGGCCCCAAGCUGGAUCUUGCCCACCUAAUCCAGGUCCCCACUGGCGUAGAAGCUCUGCACGAGUUCCUGGGCAAGGCUGAAGACAUUCUGCACGAGAACAUAGGGCCAGCAAUCCUCUCCUGGGCCUCGAUGUAUGGACUAAACCUGUACACCAAGUGGAUGGAGGAACUCCGGCAUUUCAACCUUCCAGUCCUGUAUGGCCCUCCUACAGCAGGAAAGACUUUGAUUGCCCAGUGUGCAGCCUGGCUGAAUGGAUGCAGUGAGCUGCAUAUUGCUUCAAGAUGUACAUUGGCAUUUGUUACAUCCUGGCUAACAUCAAGUAGUCUGCCCUUUGUGUGGGAUGAUCCCACUUCCACUGAUGAGGUGUCCCAGUUGGCCAUUGAUCUUGGCAAUGGAGCUGUGCGAGGGAAGGCCAAUGACGAAACCAGGAAGCCCUUAACUGGUUGUCUUGUGACAGCAAACUUUGAUUUAAGUGCAGCAUUUAAGUAAGGAUUUAAGUUUAUAUUCAUUUCAUAUUCAACUUAAUUUCUAAAGGCUUAUUCUGAUCAUUAGUCAUCAAGGAUAACACCAGAAAAUGUUUAAGAACCAUCAUCAUGCUGCUUGAAAUAAAUGAAAGGCAUGAAGCAAAUAUCAUUCUAUGCAUUUGAUAUGAUUUAAAGUCUUUGAAGUUUAAUAAAGGGCCUUGUAGAAAGUUAAUAUUUUUAGUUUAAAGGAAUAAGAUUUUCAUGAUUCGAUACCAAUGACAUUGGCAUAACAUGAGAUAAGGAUGACAUUGGCAUAAUUAACGUGAGAUUAGGAUUUGACUCUACUAUCCUAAAUGAUUAUUAAUUGUAAAAAAAAAGUAUUUUACAUAUGAAAAUUCAUGACAUUGAGAAUAGAACUUCUUUACAGUCAGUUAACUGAAUAUAAG